UAAUCCCACUUGGACAUGAAAACAAAAAACUGAACGGUGAAAAGGGCACAAUAUUUUGACAAUUUGUUGCAGUCACACACGCAAAUUUAAUGCAAUACGAUAAUGUAUUGUAUAAUUUUGUUUUUGUAUGCUCAGAGCUUUGGACUGUCUCAAGCUUUUACAAAACCAAAAAAGGAAGAAACUUCUUCUUUGUCUUCAUGAUUAUGGCGUUUAGUUGCUUCUGGUUGAAGAGAUCCGCAGAGGCACAGGUGCCCCAACAAGAAGUUGAUGCACUCAAAGAAAUAACUAGUACGAUGGGUGUGAAGGAUUGGAGGUUUGAUGCUAAUUCUUGCCAAAUUAUUGGGGUAACACCAGAGCCACCUGAGAAUGCUGAGAGCAGCAUCAACUGUGAUUGUCACUUCGAGAACAACAACACUGUCUGUAAUGUCGUAAAGAUAGUGCUAAAGGGUUAUAGUCUUCCUGGCAUGCUUCCACCUCAACUUGUCAAACUUCCUCAGCUCCGAGAAAUUGAUUUUGCGUACAACUAUCUCAACGGAACAAUACCACUGGAAUGGGCUUCAACACAAUUAACUUUUAUCUCUGUUCUUGUGAAUCGCUUAUCAGGGGAAAUUCCAAAGGAGUUGGGAAAUAUUACUACUCUCACAUACCUGUGCCUUGAAGCAAACCAAUUCUCUGGCAUUGUUCCUCCUGAGCUUGGGGAUUUGACCAACUUGCAGACUUUGAUGCUUUCCUCCAAUAAUUUGACAGGGAACUUGCCGAUGGCCUUUGCUGGGCUGAGAAACCUAACAGAUUUUAGGAUAAAUGAUAACAAAUUCAGAGGAAUUAUACCUGAUUUCAUACAGAAUUGGAAACAACUGACAAGAUUAGAAAUGCACGCAAGUGGACUCGAGGGACCUAUUCCACCGAAUAUAUCUCUUCUGAAUAAUUUACUUCAGUUGAGGAUUAGUGAUAUAGAUGGGCCAAAUCAGGACUUUCCUAUGUUGAGAAACAUGGCGGGCAUAGUAAGAUUGGUUUUGAGAAAUUGUAAGAUUUCUGGGGAGAUCCCUGCAUACAUCUGGACAAUGAAACAACUGGAGAUGUUGGAUGUCAGUUUUAACAAACUGGUUGGGGAACUUCCACCUAGUAUAAAGUUAGAGCGCCUGAGAUUCCUCUUUUUAACUGGCAACUUGCUAAGUGGAAAUGUGGGAGACUCGGUCUUGAAGGAAGGAAGUAAUAUUGAUCUUUCAUACAAUAACUUCACAUGGCAAGGCCCUGAGCAACCAGCUUGUCACGAAAACAUGAAUUUAAACCUUAACUUGUUUCGAAGCUCUUUAAUUGAUGAUGAUGUUAGUAGAAGGCAAGAUCCUCAUUGCUCGAAGAAUUUCAACUGUCCACGAUAUUUGAAUUGUAUGCAUGUCAAUUCUGGUGGAAAGGAUGCAACCAUCAAGGAGAAUAAAACAAAUUUUGUAUAUGAAGGAGAUGGUGAUGUUGAAGGUGGUGCUGCAGAAUACUUUAUUAAUGGCAACAGUUAUUGGGGAUUUAGUAGCACUGGAGACUUCAUGGAUGAUUUUGAUUUCCAAAACACACGUUACACUGUGUCUCCGCCAUUAUCAAAUAUCUCUGAAUUGUAUACAACAGCACGUAGAUCUCCUAUAUCACUUACUUAUUUCCAUUAUUGCUUAGAAAAUGGGAACUACACUGUGAGUCUCCAUUUUGCAGAAAUACAGUUCACAAAUGACAAGACAUAUAACAGUCUUGGGAAGCGUAUAUUUGAUAUCUACAUUCAGGAAAAAUUAGUGUGGAAGGAUUUCAAUAUUGAAGAUGAUGCUAGUAUUGCUCAGAAGCCAGUAAUAAAACACGUAUCUAACAUUAGUGUGGUAAACAAUGUCUUAGAGAUCCGAUUCUAUUGGGCUGGUAAAGGAACGACGAGAAUCCCUAAUAGUGGAGUUUAUGGUCCCCUUAUAUCAGCUGUUUCUGUGGUUUCCGAUUCCAAAUUUUGUUCAAAUGGUGGAACCAAGCGAAAUGUUUAUAUCAUUGCUGGUGUUUCAGUUGGAGCAUUAUUCUUGUUACUCUUUAUAGUGGGAAUCCUUUGGUGGAAAGGCUGUUUGUGGAGGAAGAAGGGGAGAAAAGAAGAUAUUAAAGGACUAGAGUUGCAGACAGGAACUUUUACCUUAAAACAAAUAAAAGCUGCCACUAAUGACUUUGAUUCUGCCAACAAAAUUGGAGAAGGUGGUUUUGGUCCUGUAUACAAGGGUCAAUUACCUGAUGGUACUGUCAUAGCAGUUAAACAGCUCUCAUCUAAAUCAAAGCAAGGAAAUCGUGAAUUUCUAAAUGAAAUAGGCAUGAUUUCUUGUGUGCAACACCCAAAUCUGGUGAAGCUUCAUGGAUGCUGUAUUGAAGGGGAGCAAUUAUUGUUGGUCUAUGAGUACAUGGAAAAUAAUAACCUUGCCCGUGCAUUAUUUGGUCCAGAAAUCAAUCAGCUUAAACUGGACUGGCCUACAAGGCUUAAGAUAUGUAUUGGGAUAGCAAGAGGCUUAGCUUUUCUCCAUGAAGAAUCAAGAAUCAAGAUUGUUCACAGAGACAUCAAAGCUACUAAUGUGUUGCUGGAUGGUGACUUAAACCCUAAAAUAUCUGACUUUGGAUUGGCUAAACUUGAUGAAGAGGAGAAGACCCACAUUAGCACCAGGGUAGCUGGAACCAUAGGAUAUAUGGCACCAGAAUAUGCAUUAUGGGGUUAUUUGACCUACAAAGCAGAUGUUUAUAGUUUUGGAGUUGUGGCCUUAGAAGUUCUCAGUGGAAAGAGCAACAAUAAUUAUAUACCAAGUGACAAUUGUGUUUGCCUUUUAGAUCAGGCCUGCCAUUUGCAACAAACUGGAAACUUGAUGAAGCUAAUUGAUGAGAGCUUGGGGUCAGAGGUCAAUGCAAAAGAAGCAGAAAUUUUGGUUAAAGUAGCUCUUCUGUGCACAAAUGCAUCCGCAUCACUUAGGCCUACCAUGUCUGAAGUCGUAAGUAUGCUUGAAGGGCGAAUGACUGUUCCAGACAUGAUUCCUGAACCAAGUACCUAUAGUGAUGAUCUAAGGUUUAAGGCUAUGAGAGACCUUCAUCGACAAAGGGAAAAUCAUAGUUUGAGCAAAAGCCAAACCCAAACCCAAAAUUCAACAACAAUCCAUACAUUCUCCUCUCCCACUGUAUCUAGCCAAGAUUUUUAUGAAAUCAAUCCAGAAUCUAGUACUGUUUAGAGUGAUGAGCAUUCCGAUUAGUUCCUCAUUGAGCAUAGUGUUUAUUCUUUAACUCUAUACCUGACUUCUUGUGGCUAUUACUAAAGCUUCAUCUAUACACAUGGACAUGAUUUGGCAUGAUAAAUCAUCCGGGAAAAAUUUAAAGUAGGGAUGCACUAAUAUAAUGUAAUUAUUUCUGUAUAAAUGUUUUUUAGGAUAGAGAGGGAAUAUGUAGGGAUUUAUUUAUUUUCA